ACCGUGCACAAUUUUAGAUUUUUUUAUUUUCUCUCAUCUUUUUUGAACUGCAAAAAACAAACCCCUCGCCCAGUCGUCUUUUACUUCCACUCUUCUUGUUAAGGAGGAGAUGAGUAAUACUCCUCUACGAGCAUCCUCACUCUAUUCUCCACCUGGUCCCACCUAUCAUCGUCAUCACCAUCGUAAUCAUCUUUUCACUCUCUCCUUCCCAAUCACUGGUUCAAAUCCACACACUUCACUGCACCACCUAGCAACUACUAGUAAUAAUCCCGAUCGCCGGCGAAGUGCCGUCAUGUCCUCCGGCGACGGCCUCCGACCUCCGUUUCAACUCAACGACGAGUCCGAUUUCGAUCGAAUCGUCUCUCCCGAUGAUGGCCUUCUCUCCGUCUGCGGCUUCGGUUCUCUCCUCUCCGAGCGGAGUGCGAGAAGCACAUUUCCUGAUUUGGUCGAUUUCAGAGUCGCGAGAUUGAACGGAUUUCAGCGCGUUUUUGCACAUACGGCUCCAAUUUUCUUUGAACGUGGCAUCGCCAAUCCUGAAACAAAGGAAAUUUCAAGCUUGAGCGUGGAGCCAUCUGAAGGUGAAACCCUAAUUGUUACUGUUUUCAACAUCAGAAAGUCAGAGAUUCCUUCUUUUAUCGAGAGGGAGCACGAGUUUCGGUUCUUAGCUGUCUUACCUGAAACACUUGAUGGAAAGCCAUUUACUAGUCCAGCAGUACUUUGCGCACGUUUUAGCGACGAGGAAUAUCUCCAAAUAAGAUGCAAAGGCAGUCAAGAGGUCUAUUUCCGGCGAUAUGGACGAUAUAACAUUCACAAGAUUUGGCGCGAUGAUAUCUUACCUUGCCGUGUUUAUCUUCGGCACUGUGUUUUGGCAGCAAAAAGUCUUGGUGAUGCAGCCUACAACAACUUUCUGGAUCACACUUUCCUUGGUGACCGUAAAACAACUAUACGUGAAUACUUCAUGACAACAGGUUCAGGCAUAAUGGAAGAAGACCCUCCAGAACCACUAAAGACUCGGUAUGGUGGUUGACGGUGACUAGUCCGCAGAGUGGCUAUUUUUGCUGCUGUGACGGCUUGGUUCCGUUUGGGAUGCGAAAUUGCUCGAAAGUGCAGUAUGCUCAAGAUCGGGCGAACGAUUGGGUGGGAAACUAGAAGAUCCAAACUACAUUCUUGGUCAACUUCUUCUUCUUUCAUUCGCUCUGCCAAGUGGGAGAAAUUUACCUUUUGAUUAACGGUCUUGCUAUUGUCAGCCUAUUGGGCUGACGAUUAACAUACUAGAAAACAAAAAAAAUAUGUAUUUCUGUAUACUUUUUACACCUUUAAUACGCAUUCAUACGCUUAUUAUUAUCA